AAGAAGGGCGGUCCGGUCGUUCUUAAGCGUUUUCCGGUUUGUGUGUUGGGAAAAGAAAAAAGCGAAUGGAAAAAAUUCUAAUCCUACGAACGACCAAUUCUCAUUAAAUCCACGACACGUUAAAAUGAGCUCCCAGCAGUUCCCACGGCAUGGUCUGCCUGCUUCAAGUGGAGGUGCCCCCUCAGAUCCCUGCAGGUGCAAACUUGGUCCCUGUUAAUCAAACAUCAAACCCACCAGCUGGUGUAGAUGCUGAGAGCAGUCGUGAUGCUGAUCAUGGGCAACAGGAUCAUCCACCUCCUGGCAGUGCAGCGACCUUGGCGUUCAGAGAUGACAAGCAAGAAACUAUGGUGGUCAGGCCGUACCCACAAGUCCAGAACCACGGUCAGCCACAAGCUGCUCCACAAGCAGUGCCCAUCCAGCCUGGCACACCUGUGACUGUGCCUGCCUCUUCUGUCCACCUCCCACAGGGCCAAACUGCAGUCCUCACUGAAGGACAGAUGAAGGCUGUCCUGAAGUCCCCCAUGCAAAGUCGCCUGAUUGCUCCAGCACCAGCUUCCAACCCGGCUCAUCUCCCUAUACCCUCUAAGGUGCCUAGUCAUAUUACAGUCACCAUAGAAAGCAGUAUUGCUGCAACCCCUUCUAUUCCCGUGGCAACCAUCAGUGGUCAGCAGGGACAUUCCAGUAACCUGCACCACCUGAUGCCAGCUAGCAUUCAGAUCAUUCGGGGCAGUGCCCCCACACUGCAGAUUGGAGCUCCUACAGUUCCUUCUCAGACCUUCACUUCCCAUUUACCGCGGGGGGCUGCUGCAGCAGCUGUUAUGUCAAGCUCCAAAACUGUCCUGCGACCAGCUGCGGGAGCAAGUGGCCAACCUACAGUGCAGCACAUCAUCCAUCAGACUAUUCAGUCACGCCCCACUGUAACAACCUCAACAGCUGUGCUUCCAACUGUGGUAGCUCCUAUUUCAGCAACUCGAACUCAGUCCCCAGUUAUCAGCCCAACCGUUACACACUCUGCAGAGGUAGCACAUGGGCGUGCAGGACUGACCAUUCACCCCCCUCCAGCCACUGUCAGUAUUCAGAGGCCUCAGGCAUCUCGUGACACUACCACACGAAUUACUCUGCCAUCACACCCUGCAAUUGGAGCUCCAAAGCCUCAGCCUCCACAUACUAUGACACAGAAAUCUAUCUUCAGUACUGUGACACCGGUAGCUGCAGCAACGGUUGCACCAAUUGUUGCCACCAACACUGUGCCGUCAACUACUACAAUCGGCACUGUACCACAUACCCAAAUGACCAGUAGCACUAUUGUCACCAUGACGAUGGCCUCACACUCCUCUCACGCUACAGCAGUGACCACCUCAGCUAUCCCUGUUGCUAAAGUAGUCCCUCAGCCUAUUGCUCACACCUCACCCCGUGUGCAGCCUGACUACCCAGGAGAGAGAACCAAUCUCAUUCCAAUCCCCGGCCACCGAUCAUCUCCUAACCCUGUCACCAUGGAAACAAGAAGUGACAACAGGCCACAGUUGCAGUUCCAGUAUUUCCUGCCAGCCUAUUCUUCUUCAUACCCUCUUACACACACCUACACCCCCAUUAGCAGCUCUGUAUCAACCAUCCGCCAGUACCCCGUGACUCCUCAAGCUCCAAGUUCAGCAUUGCCUACCCAAGCCGGAGUAGGCGUGGCCACCACUGUUCAUCUUAACCCAAUGCAGCUGAUGGCAGUCGAUCGAAUUGGUCUCCCGUCUGCACAAAUCAGCACCCAGGGUAUCCAGCCAGCACCGAUUGCUGCACAGGGCAUCCAGCCGGCACCAAUAGGAAUCCAGGGCUUACACACAUCUGCAUCAAUCACCACACAGGGAAUACAGCAGGCACCAAUAGUCACUCAGCAGCAGCAGCCGCAGUCUGAAGCAAAACCUGGGGUUGUUUUAGCUGAUGGCUUUGUAGCAAGCCCAAUUAGCAGCACAUUCAGCACCACCCAGCCUGUAGCCACAAUGGUGCAGGCACAUGCCCAGGGAGGAGUAGGAGGAGCACCCACCCUGGUGUCUUCCCCCAGACCCAGCAUUCUCCGCAAAAAACCCACUAAUGAAAGUUGUGUUCGUAAGAAUCUGAUCCCUGCCCAACCCACUGAACAAAGCGCUGGCAGGCUUGAGAGUGCCGUGAGAGGAGCAGGAUCUCCCCGACCUGCAGGUGUGAAACCCAAACCUGAGGUGCACAUGGCGGUGGCCCCGCCUGUCAUGGCUACCGUAGAAACUAUACCUAGUCAGGGAGUAGAGCAGCAGGCUGUGUCCUCCAACACUCCGCACCUCACCCAGGCCAUCCCCGCCAUGCUUGGCACUCCUGGCCCUGUCCCUCCCUCCCAGCCGUCCACAGUCCUCUCAUCAUUGCCAGCAGCCAUGGCUGUGACACCCCCUGUUCCUGCUUCCAUGGCCAACACUGUUGCUUCCCCCACUCAGCCUGCUGCCAGCAGCACUGCUGCAUGUGCAGCCAGCUCCACCUGCCCAGAUGUGAAGAUCAAGCAGGAGCUAGAGGCUAUGGACACCUCCCAGCCAGAUUCAAGCAUGAACUUGUCAUCAGCCACGACCCUCGUCACCCAGACCUCAGCCCUGAACACUUCUACCACAGGAGAUCUGAUCACAGGCGCCUCCCCAAGAAAAAAACCUCGCAAACAGCAGCAUGUUAUUUCCACCGAGGAGAGUGAGAUGGUCGAGACUAAUAGCACUGAUGAGGAGAAGAUCCCUGGAAGGCCCAUCACUGGGAGGGCUGAGAGACGAGAGUCUCCUCCAAGAGAAUAUAUUGAUGAGGAAGGAGUGCGUUAUGUGCCAGUCAGGCCAAGGCCACCUGUGACACUUUUGCGGCACUACCGUAACCCAUGGAAGGCUGCCUACCAUCAUUUCCAGAGGUACAGUGACAUCAGGGUCAAAGAUGAGAAGAAGGGCACCUUACAGGAUAUGGCCAAUCAGAGAGGAGUGGCCUGCAGAGCACAAGGCUGGAAGAUUCAUCUAUGUGCUGCACAGCUAAGGCAGCUGUCAAGUUUGGAGCAUGAUGUGUACAGCCGUCUGUCCACCCUUCAAGAGGGCCUGAUUCCAAAGAAGAGAGCAGGGGCUGACGACGACCUUCACCGAAUCAAUGAGCUUAUACAGGGUAACAUGCAGCGCUGUAAGUUGGUGAUGGACCAGGUAACUGAGGCCAGAGACACCAUGAUGAAAGUUCUCGACCACAAAGAGAAAGUUCUGAAACUGCUCAACAAGAACGGCACUGUGAAGAAGUCCUCCAAGCUGAAGCGUAAAGAACGUGCAUAAAUGUGUCACUGUGUCCUGUGCUGAUGACGCCACGGUUCCCUCUGCAGGGGCGAAGGAGCUGCUCACAAUUUGGUGCUAUCAUUUGCUGCGGACAAUCGCACGCACUUUCCCAUCAUCCUGAAUGUGGACAGAGAGGAGUGAAAGUCGUCCUUGUAAAAACCCGUCAGGAGUAGGUUCUCAUUUCACUGCACACACACAGCACAUAAGGAGCACUGUUGUUUACUUUUGAUUGGCCAGUUUCUGGACUGUUCCCGCCCCCCAUUUGUUUCAACAGUUAUUGAAAAUGCCAGAUUUUUUUUUUUAUUUACUUUCAACACAAUGUAUUUGUGUCCACAUUGUUUGUGAUAUUUGGCACCACGCAGUAAAUCUGUUAAUCCUGUACAUUAUAGGAGUAUUUCAAAUGAUCGCAGUAUUAGAGUUUGAAGUUGAUCUAUAUUAUUUAAAAAGGAGUUUCGAGUACACUGCGUAAUUACUUAUCUCAGUCUCACAUGUGCUGUUUUCAUCGAACUGUGCCUUCAUUUUCUCAGUGUACCGGACAGUGAUGUGAAAGCUGUUCUAUGUAACAUCAAAA